AUGGCGGAGAAGAAAGGUCAGGUGAAGCGCAAAGCCGCGCCGCUGGCGAUACCCCAGCCUGGCGAAAAUGCGGCAGAAAGGAAGCGAGUGCUCAACGUCCUCGCCCAACGACGAUAUCGCCAGAGGCGAAAAGAGCACAUCAAAAAGCUCGAAGCCCAUGCAGCAGACGUGAAUGGGGAUGCCAACGUGUUCUAUGGCCAGGGCCCUCCUUCGCCUACGAGCCCAAGCGCAUCAUCAAAUGCCGACGGAGCACAUACAGACACUGGUGGUCAAGUAUUGCAUCCAACCUUCCAACCAUCAGACAUGUCGUUCGAUGACGGUGCUUGUGAUUACCCGGUCGAGACGGCGGCGGAAACUGUAACGCUCCCUACCCUGUCGGAUGCCUUUGCUACGUACGACGCAUAUUCCUUCGCUGGUAUACCUACUCAAGAUCAGGUACUCUGGGAUACAUCGGUACUGCUUCCUUCAUUGCCGAGCACACCGCUGUCAUCAUCGAAGCAUACAUCUUCGAGCGAGAGCGAAACCUGGUCGCUAGCACCUCUCCCGGUAGACCAAGGAACUCCGGGGACCGGUCAGACGACGCCUCAAGGGACCUCGAUUUUUGAUCAGGAGAUGACAUAUUCAUUUCCCGACGAAGCACACUUGGAGAUGGCCGAGCUUACCUUACUGCGGGGGUGCAUGGCAAUUGCCAGACGCAUGAAAGUGCAAGACAUCAUAUGGUCCCUGACCUCAACGUCGCCGUUCGCCGAUUCUUCCACCAGCCUGACACAAUUCAGUUACCUCCCGAGUAAUUUGCAACCGACGCUGGUCCAGAUGACUAUCCCACACCACCCGGUCAUUGACCUCCUGCCAUGGCCGUUGGCGCGCGACAGGAUGAUCAAAGUGUUGUCACAGCCUCCUCAGUUUCGACCACCGGGGGCGGCCUCUCCAACGGCCCUGCUAGACUUUGUAUAUGACCUGGAAGACAGCGCAGAGGGGGUAAGAAUAAGCGGUGGUGAUCCCUACUCGGAGAUGAACUGGGAAGUGGGCGAAAAGGUGUUCAAGUCGUGGUGGUGGAUUCUCGACAGAGAUAUCGUGAAGAGAAGCAAUGAACUGCGUGCUUCAAGGGGGGCGCCGAUGCUAGGGAGCGGGAGUAUUCUGGGAGAGGUGGUAUGACCAGGG